UCAGUCUGCUCAAAGGUACAAAGGUACAUUCUGUUUCGAUACAACAGUCAUGAAGACUUUACGUUUUGCAAGCUUUUUCAGUUUUCUGUAUUUGGUUUGCGCAGAGGAGUUUUUCUAUCCAGACUACUUUAAUGACACUGAGAGAGAUGCUAUAUACUACGAUUCCUUUCCUGAAGAAUUCAUCUGGGGUUCGGCGACGUCUGCUUAUCAAAUAGAAGGGGGAUGGGACGCUGAUGGCAAGGGUCCUAGUAUCUGGGAUACAUUUGCACACGCUGGUAAAAUAAAUGACGGACAAACUGGUGACGUUGCAUGCAACAGCUACAACAACUAUCUUCAAGACGUGGAGAUUUUGAAAAAUAUGAAAGUAUCUCACUAUCGAUUUUCAAUCUCAUGGCCCCGUAUUCUGCCCGAUGGAACAAUUAACACAGUCAAUGAGCCCGGUAUCAGUUACUAUAAUAAAUUGAUCGAUGCCUUAAUCGAAUCUGACAUUGAACCAGUUGCCACAUUGUACCAUUGGGAUUUACCACAGUCUCUACAGGACAUUGGAGGUUGGGAAAAUGAGACUCUGGUGGAUCUCUUCAAUGACUACGCAGAUUUAUGCUUUAAGCGCUUCGGUGACAGAGUCAACUACUGGAUAACAUUCAAUGAGCCGUAUGUUGUAACGUGGCUUGGGUAUGGUAUAGCUGUGUUUGCUCCUGGUAUCUACGACCCAGGCAAUGCUCCUUACAGAGCUGCACAUACCAUUAUCAAGGCCCACGCUAAGGCAUACCACACCUACAAAGAGAAUUACUCUUACGGAGGCAAAGUGUCCAUCUCACUAAGUACCGACUAUGGAAUGCCAGAGAAUGCUGAUAGUCAAGAGGACGUUGAUGCUGCCAUUCGGUAUAUGCAAUUCACUGCAGGGUGGUAUGCUCAUCCGAUUUUUAAUGGUGAUUAUCCGGAGCAAAUGCGAACUCAGGUGGACACCAAAAGUAAAGCUCAGGGACUGAAUGCAUCCCGUCUCCCAUAUUUCACUGCGGAAGAGGUUGCCUACAUCAAAGGCACUCACGAUUUCUUCGCACUGAAUGCUUACACGAGUACGGUGUGCAGACACGCACCUAAUGUCAAUUCGGAAGAAAAUUAUGAGGCAGACCAGGAUGUUUUUCGUUCUCAACCAGAUGACUGGCCGACAUCUACCUCAUCGUGGUUACGACCAGUUCCUUGGGGCUUAAGAGAGCUGCUUAACUGGGUGAAAACAGAAUACAACAAUCCGGAUAUUUUCAUCACUGAAAACGGCGUCUCUACUCCUUAUGAUCAGGCUCUUGAUGACACAGACAGAAUCACUUUUUAUUCAGCAUACCUCAAUGAAGUACUUAAAGCAAUAAAGAUUGAUGAAGUCAAAGUAAUCGGCUAUUUUGCAUGGUCAUUGAUGGACAACUUAGAGUGGACAUCAGGAUACACCCAGCGGUUUGGGCUGAAUUACGUAGACUUCGAUGAUGAGGACAGACCACGUACUGCAAAACAAUCCGCAAGUUUCUAUCGUGAUCUCAUCAAUGCGAACGCAUUUGUACCAAGUGCGGCCGUCAUCACAAAAUGCUCAGUCUUGUUAUCAAUCAUGGUUAUUUUCAUCCAAUUCGUUAGAUAAGUUUGCUAGCUAACAUUGAAGUAUUAAUCUUAAGUAGUUACAUAAACACAAGGAAAAAGUAUUUCGGCCUACAAAUGAGCUUUUACGAUGUGUCGUUUUUGCUGUUGCAACCUGUUAGGGUCAUGUUGUGAUUGAAUUGACCAUUAUUAUUCUAUAGGACAUGCUUCAAAACACUUGGCACAACUGUGGCAGUGGAUAGUUCAGUGUGAUUAUGGGUCCCGACAAAGUAGUAAAAAAACGUACACGUACACCACGAAGCAUGGAAAAGAUAAUUAAUUAAAUAAUAAACGUGUUUGAUAAAGCUGUAGUGUAUAUAAUAAAAUCAGAAAAAUUUUCACAUAUACAUUAUUUUUGUCUUCUAGUGCCGCUCUAAGCAGCAAAAACUUGAUUUGAAUAGCCCUAUUAUUUCCUAUGAUUUACCAGUUGCUACAUAUAAGCUACGUAGCUUAGAAAUAAAAGGUUCACUCCACUA